AGAUUUUGCGUCCCAACAGUCUGUCCGUAACAAGCUUCAACUCAUAUUUAUUAAGGACUUGUAGUCAUUUAUAUAUACGUAAGCCUAUGAGCUUCUUCUGUGAACUUUUCGUUAUUUAUGGAAAAACUAAAUUAAAAAUCAAGGUUUUAAAGGUGACCUGUCUAUCUAUGACGAUUAACAUUAACCUAACCAUUGAACUUGAAAACCGACUCGCCACUCGGUGAACAGUGUUUAUUCAGACUUGUAGUAAAAUUUUGUCAUCUCAGUUCAGAAAAAAAAUUUGGAAUAAAUUUUCUGCAUGAUAUUAUUCACCAGAACAUUUUUACUCAAGCAGCCUAUUUUAAUAGUUUGUACGCUCAUUGUGAAGUUUCAUGCAACUGAAAGGACCAGUCGCCGCUUCCGCUAACUCGUUGAGGUUUUCUCGGUAUCAUCGAUGAGUGCGCACUGCAUUGACUAAACGACGUGGAGUGGAAAUGUGCUGGGUGUGUGCUGGGCUAAAUCAUUCUGAUCACUCUGCUUGCAAAUACUGCCCUUAAAUAUCUUUUUAUUUGAGGAGCAGUUGGUCGUAUGAAGAGACUUUAUGUGGAAUAUUUUGCUCUAGAAAUAAAGCACCUGAACCUGGUUUCUAAGCGUAAAUGAAUCUUCGUUGAUUCAUUUGAUUGAUUGUUGAAAUCAAGCCUCUGGAGGUGGCUCAGCACAUCGUCUGAUACGCCUGCUACGAACUCGGUCGUUUCGUUUUGAUUGUGCAAUUAGUGGGUCCUCCCUGAAAGAUAAGUAAUAAAUUAAGAAGAAUAGAGCUUAAUUUUUAGGAAACUGUGCUACUUGUGCCAUUCAGAAAAUAAUGAGCACUGAGUGACUAUCUCCCAGAUUUAUAUGCCUCAAGACCGGUUGUAUAGGCUGUGAAGUGGACAUAGACUCCAUGUAAUAAAAACAUUGACUGAAAACAUAUGCGUUAUAGCGACAGGAAGAAGAAGCACGUAAAAAAUCUUUCCAUCAAAGGUGGACUUGAAUACCGGCGUGUGUGAAGUAUAUAUUUGUAACCAGCCCGAUGUCUCUGUGGUCGCGGGCCCAACAACUGCCGCCCGACGCGCUGCGUGAGGUGAAGGCGUCGUAUGCACAUCAUGCCUUCCCGAUAGAAGUGCGUCACUGCCUGGCGCUGUGGCUCGAGGAGAAGAUGCAGCACUGGCACGAGAUGGACGUGGAGAACCCGUCACACAGCGAGUUCGCGGGUGGCCUGCUGCUGGAGCUCAUGCGGGAGAUAGAGGCUAAACUGCACACUGAGACUGACUUCCUGCUGCGCUCCCGGCUAGAAGAGGCAUCUCAGCAGUUUGCUAGUCGGUAUCAACAGAGCCCCCUGCUGCUGGUGUCAGCGCUCAGGAGCUGCUUCAACACAGAGCUGUCGCUCGUGCAGCAGCACGAAAGCAUGAUGGCGGGCGCUAGGGUUGGCGGCGGUGACGUCGGGUGUCCACCUGGCGGUCACCACCACCUGGGCGGCGGUGGCGGUGGUGGUGGUGAGAUGGUCACGGCGGACAUAAUGGACCAGCUGGCCGCUCUCGCUGAGCGCACCGCUGACUCUGCUAACGAUCUCAGGUUCCUGGAGCAGGAGCAGGAGAGUUUCUUCAUCAGCUACCACGACUGCACCAAAACGAACGCGCAGCUGUCGCACCUCACCGCCCAGCCCAUCACGCCGCAGCUCCAGGAGAUGAUCAUCUCCAUGGAGAAGAAGAAGCAGAUGGGCGAGCAGGAGCUCAGUGUCAAGGUGUCAGGCAUGGUGCAGCGGAGGCUGGCGCUGGUGGAGAAGCUGCAGCAGACGCUGGACAAGAUCAUCGCUGCGCAGCACCGCGUGCUGGACCAGGAGCUCACGGCCUGGAAGAGGGAGCAGCAGAUGGCGGGCAACGGCAGGCCCUUUAAUGAGGCCAAACUCAACCGUAUACAGGAGUGGUGCGAGCAGCUGGCCGACAUCAUCUGGCAGAACCGCCACCAGGUGAAGGAGUGCGAGCGCCAGUGCAGCAAACUGCCCCUACAGCCGCCCGGGGGCGUCGACAUGUUGCCUGCACUGAACCAGACCAUCACCAGACAACUGUCUUCUCUCGUCACCAGCACGUUCAUCAUCGAGAAGGAGCCGCCCCAAGUGAUGAAGACCAACACGCGCUUCACGGCCACCGUCCGCCUGCUGGUGGGCGGCAAACUCAACGUGCACAUGACACCGCCCCAGGUGACGGUGUCUAUCGUAAGCGAGGCGCAGGCCAACAGUUUACUCAAGAACGAAGCUAAGCGCCACCAGAGCGGCGAGAUACUCAAUAACACAGGCACUAUGGAAUAUGUACAGAGCACUCGGCAGCUCUCGGUAAACUUCCGCAACCUGCAGCUGCGGAAGAUCAAGCGCGCCGAGAAGAAAGGAACGGAGUCUGUCAUGGACGAGAAGUUCGCGCUGCUGUUCCAGUCCACCUUCAGUGUGGGCGGCGGCGAACUCGGCUUCCAGGCGAACGAAAGCAGGUGCGUCCUUAACGCCUUCCAUGUCCCUGAUAAGGUACCGUGGCCGGCGGUGGCUGACAUGUUAGACACCAAAUUCAAGCAUGCAACAGGUCGCGGCCUCACGCCUGAUAACAUCAACUUCCUUGCGUCCAAAGCCCUCAGGACAAACUCCAUGUGCUCCGACUACUCCAGCCAGUAUUUGUCAUGGUCGCAGUUCUGCAAGGAGCCGCUGCUGGAGAGAAGCUUCACCUUCUGGGAGUGGUUCUUUCAGGUCAUGAAGGUGACACGGGAACACCUGCGUCAGUUGUGGGUAGACGGCAGCAUCCUGGGGUUCGUAGGGCGGCGUCAGGCCGAGGAGCUGCUGAGCGCGUCGCCCCCCGCCACGUUCCUCUUGCGCUUCUCUGACUCUGAGCUCGGGGGCGUCACCAUCGCCUGGUCCUCUGAUGACGUUAAUGCUGAGAGCCGAGAAGUGUUUAUGCUGCAGCCGUUCACAAGUAAGGACUUCGGUAUCCGCCCCCUGGCAGACCGCAUCUCUGACCUGCGACGCCUGACGACGCUCUACCCCAACACGCCCAAGGACCACGCCUUCUCCAAGUACUAUACGCCCGUCACGGAGCUGCCCCCCGUGCCUGGUGCUUAUAUACCUUCAGGAGUCGUCACGCAUGUGCUCGGUUGGCCUAAGCCCGGGCUGGAGGGCAGCAGCAGCAGCUACCCCAACACCCCCGUGCCCCUGGGCUCUCCUUCUGCGCCUUCGUCUGUACCUUCAGCCAUGGACCACUCAUCUUCUUCAGAGCAGAAACCGUCUCUGGACUCUCCGCUCUACGACGCCGCUAACGUCUUGGCCAACUUCUAAGCGACGCUCAGGAAAAUAAAUGUGCCAUAUUGUCCAAUAGUGACGCACUUUGUGUAGGUAGGACUUGGAUGUGUCGUUGUGACUGGCCAAACUGAGUCAGGAUUAAGAGUAAAUGGGCAGAAAAUGUAUCGCUUUUUGGACUAAAUCUAGCUCAUUUUUCUGUGUGAUGUGAUGAGCAGGAUUUCUCGUGUUUGCUGUUCAGAAAUGUUCUCUCUAUCUCAUUUUAAAUUAAAAAUGUCCAGAUAAAAAUUUUUUUUGCAAAAUAAUUCCCGGGUCCCAUGGAUUAUCACAAAUUGUUAUCUCUGGUAUCGAAAUUUAUACAAAAAUGCGACUAUUUAUUCGCUAUGGAACAAACUGUAAUGUAUUCGAAACUGAACCAAAUGUUGACUCGACCUAAAUGCGUUAAUCAUCAAAUUUUUAUUAUAAUUUGUCUAGAUUUCGAUGUCGGUUUUAAGCUAAAAAUGUUUAGAUUAAGCUGUUUUCUCAAUGUUGAAUAUUCUUCUCGAUACCGAAAACAUGACAGUAUUCUCUCUCGAAUUUCGCUGAUCUCUAUAUUGUCUCUUCACAAAAUUGAGUCUCAAUUUUAAAAUGUAGUUAUUAUGAUGCUAUGUGCGGCAAUUAAAGCCAUUCUCUUCUAUAAAUUUGAAGCAAAUUACAAUGAAUUUUGUAGAACAGUACAACAGACUUUCCGUCGACAGUAAAAUUCGUACAUUAAAAAGUUAUAAUCUCAGUGCCGCUUACAAAUUAUGAAGACGAAUUAGAACUUAUUUACAUAUUUGCAGCAACCUGUAAAUAAUAACGUGCAGGAACAUGUUUCAUGAGUAGAAACUUGCAUUCAUUGCGGUUCUGUGGUAGAAUCGAUCGUAAAUCUGUUACCAUCGAUUCUAUUGAUGGUAAUCGUAAUCAACUGUCAAUCGUAAUGAACUCGUUAUCGCCUUUCGCAAAACAAAAGUUAGUAAUUGUAGCGAUAAUUCUAUAGUUAGUUUAACUAGAAGCUGUGCAAAGCAAGUCGUGUCUUGUACCCGUCAUGUAAAUGACGGUCAAACAACGUUUAUUCAACGUUAUUUUAACGUUAAAAGAACGUGAGAUCAACGUUAUUUCAACGUUAAACGCCUGGUGGUGGCUUGACGAGCCUUUCAACGAUGUCAUUUGCGUGCAAUGAUCGCUUCUUACAGUCAUAGAAAUAAUUGUUAAUUGUUAUUGUAUCUUACGAAAUGAGUAUAUGUUUUGUAUGUGCUUGUAGUCUCGCUAGUUAAUGUAGUAUAGGAGUAAUUUGUGAGAAGGGCUUAAGAGUAAGAUUUAGGGAGGAGGGCUCCAGAGAAGGUCUAGAGAGUAAGUUUCGGGAUAAGGGCCUGUGAGAAGGGCUUUAGAGUAAGAUUUAGGAGGAGGGCUGCAAAGAAGAGCUUGUGAGACGGGCUUAAGAGUAAUUUUGGGACAAUGGCUUUUGAGCAGGGCUUUAAAGUAAGAUUUGGGAAUGAGGCUGCCAAGAAAAAGCUUGAGAGAAGGGCUUUCGAUAUGAGCAUGAGGGGAGGGCUUGAGAGAAGGACUGAAGAGAAGAACUCGAUGACACGUGACUGCAUUUAUGGCGUGUCGAAGGGAGCUCUGCUUGUCUCGUCAAUCGGUAUUUGCCAUUAUUUUCACUUGCUAGCAUUUGAGAUGCUUAACUUUGAAACUCUUUGAUUAAACUAAUAAUCUUCAAAUUGCUAAGCCUUUUGCUGAUUGAAUCUGGUGUAGUAAGUUCCGAAUGAACUCUAGUUUGUGUUGCCAUUUUAUUUAAUAUAAAAAGAUAUCAUUUGAUUUGCUACUUACAACUGUCACGAAUAUUAGCUUGCAUGCCAAUUGUAAUGCGUUCGAGCUAUGAAAUAUCCACUAUGAAGCGUUGAGGGGGAAAGCCUUAAAAAUUUACUUAAUAUUACUUAUUUGAAUUUUAUUCAUAGUGGAGUUCGGAAGUAAGGCUGUAAAAAUUUGAUCGUAUAACAGAUAAUAUUGCCUGCUUUGACGUGAAUUUCUUAUCAGUGCUCGAGGUUUUAACAUGUUUUAUUUAUCUAUUAUUGUAACGGUGAAUAUUAUUAACACGAAGUUGUUGUUGUUGGUCUUGGCAUAUUGAGGUCACAAAGAUGUUGUACUUUGGAGCCAGAAUGACUGAUAAGAUGGGAAAAUGUACGUAUUGAUCAUAUUUAUAAAAUGAUUGCCUUGAUGUGGAGUCAGGAAAAUAAUCAGCAUGAAAGCAUAUCUAGUGUGAAAAACGAGAACUCGAUGCUUAGUUUAGUUUUGGGCGCAUCAAGACUUCAUUGUGAUCUAGAAUAAUAGAAUUAGCUUGAAGUAUUUGCCUGCACUCAUAAAUACAAAUGGCUCAUGUUGUCCGAACAGUACGAGCAGAGAAUGAGUGUAGCUCUGAGACGCCCUUUUGCUGGACAAAACUGAGUCAAGUUGACCCACAUAAGGUU